UAAAACUCAUUAAAAAUGACAUUUUCAAUCUCAGUUCCAUGCCCCAAGAUCUCUUCUUUUGCGAAACCAAAGCUGCAACAAACCCAUUAUCCAAACAUCUCUUCUACUCUUCCUCAAUGUUGUUCAAAUUCUACCUCCAAAUCUUGCCUCUCAGUAGGAUCUUCAAUCCAAGUGCCUGCAUUUUCUGGAUUGCAAUUGGAUAAUGGGAAGAAAACUACGACCUUCAGAACGCACGUGAAGCUUAAGGAGGUUGCUGCAGAGAAAUCAUCGAAUUCUGUACCGGUAGUUGACAAGAAGCAUAAAGCUGCAUUGCCAAAGGAAGAUGGCAAAUCUGCCAAGAAGACGAUACCGGAUGUUGCCACAAUCUUGACAUUCAUGACACAAGUUUCGGACCUUGUUAAACUUGUUGAUUCGAGAGAUAUUACGGAGUUGCAACUGAAGCAAUCUGAUUGUGAGCUUGUAAUAAGAAAGAAGGAAGCUUUGCAGCCACCGGAACCAGCGUCCCCUGUUUUCAUGCCGCAAUAUAUGCAUCACGCGAUAUUUCAAACUCCACCCCCGGCAGCAGCCCCAGCAGCUGCUCCGGCUCCUUCAAACCCUGCCCCUCCUGCACUAGCACCGCCCUCUGCUCCCCCUGCUAAAACGGGCAAUUCAUCCCAUGCUCCCCUCAAAUGCCCCAUGGCUGGAACCUUGUACAGGAGUCCAGCACCAGGUGAACCACCAUUUGUCAAGGUGGGUGAUAAAGUACAGAAGGGUCAAGUUAUCUGCAUCAUUGAGGCAAUGAAACUGAUGAAUGAAAUCGAAGCGGACCAAUCCGGAACCAUAACUGAGAUACUGGCAGAGGAUGGGAAACCAGUUAGUGUAGACAUGCCUCUAUUUGUGAUUGUACCUUGAAAAACAUGGCAAA